AGACAAAGGCGCUCGUCUGAAAACGUCAGAUUUACGGUUGACAUGGUUCACAUUCUGCCUGGUUAUCCCAAACAGUCAGACGAAACUCCCGGUCUAGUCCUAUUGGCUUUUUACCUGAGUCUUCCACGAGGGAUUUCGGAAAGCAGUAUCGUCUCUGAGAGAGUAUUACGUGAUAUCGUGAUAAGCCAUAAAGAAAACAUUCAAGAAUCUAUUGGAGGUGAAAUCUUAAGUGUCAAUCGUUUACCAUCUGGCACGGAGCGAGUAAAAGAAAACGACGGAAAGUCAAAACCAACCAACGUUAUUAUCGGCGCUUCGGUAGGCGGUGGAGUACUCUUAAUCAUUAUUGCUGCUGUUCUGAUCGGAUGCAAAAAGAGUAACAGGUAA